UCAGGUCCAGAGGCGCACCCGGCGACACCGCACCAUAUUCACCGAGGAUCAGCUGGACGCUCUGGAAGAGCUGUUCCUUCAGAACCAGUAUCCAGAUGUGAAGACGCGGGAAAAACUAGCACUGAGUACUCAUUUACACGAAGAGCGAGUAGAGGUGUGGUUUAAAAACCGAAGAGCGAAGUGGAGGCGACAAAAAAGAACAGCAUUUAGUGUGCGAAACCUGGAAAACUAGAAUAUUAUGUCGGAUAUGUCCAUCGUGAAGACAUUUUUGGAUACUUUGCAUCCAAUGCAAUAAUGAGGCUAGAUUAAUUCUAAAAACGCCAGACAUUUCUGGUGACGUCACGCGUGUACAUUAUCCCAAUGACGUUCCUUGAUUAGCAAAACGUCAACUAAGAACUAUUGAUAUAACUACGUGAAUUAAAUUAAGGUAUUCAUACGCUUCUAUUUUCAGAGGCUCUUUUUAGUUUAUAACGGAAUUAUUUACAUUCAGCAAGGUUUUGUUUGGCUUGCUAGCUAACAGAGAAGUCAAGGCCACCAGAGACCAUUUCGCUAACUUCUUCUAGCGACCGACAAUGGAAGGAUUUGGAAAGGCGCUGAUGUCUGGAACCCUUGUCCCAUCCAAUCCUGUCACAACAGUUGCUCUUCGACAGCCACCCGAGGAAACAAAGAAAACAAACCGAAAGGUUCUCGAUGAAGAAAACUACAUAGAGAGUUUAGAGAAGAUCAUCCAGAGGGACUUUUUCCCAGAUGUGACCAAGUUACAUGCACAGAAGGACUACCUCGAAGCUGAGGAAAAUGGGGAUCUUGGGAAGAUGCGGGAAAUAUCCAUUAAGUAUGGGUCAUCUUUAGCCAAGUCCACACCACGCUCCACUGCCCCAUAUGUUACUCCAGCUUCCUUUGAGACACCAGAGGGUCGUCCUGGGUCUCCCUCUUCUGUACUGGGCAAAAACAAGAAAGGAACAGAUGUGGUGAACAAGGAAGGAGACGAGGAAGAGAAAGAGCUGCCCUGUCUUGAUCGCUUCUUGGCUAAGAACACAAGCGAGGAUAAUGCAUCCUUUGAGCAGAUCAUGGUUCUGGCAGAAGACAAGGAAAAAUUGAGGCAUGCGUGGCUGUAUGAGGCAGAGGCUGAAUUUAAACAGCGACAUGAAGAAAACCUUGCACUUCCGUCAUCUGAGAAGCAGGCCCUUGAGUGCGUAAAGGCAGGACUGGAGACCUGGGAGUACAAAGCAAAGAAUGCCCUUAUGUACUAUCCAGAGGGUGUCCAAGAUGAUGACACACUCUUCAAGAAACCCAGGGAGGUGAUUCACAAGAACACUCGCUUUGUGGGAGACCCCUUCAGCAAAGCCCUUAACAAAUGCCAGCUUCAACAGGCUGCAGCCCUCAAUGCACAGUUCAAACAGGGUAAAGUAGGCCCAGAUGGCAAAGAACUUAAUGCCCAGGAUUCCCCUAACGUGAAUGGAUAUGGGUUUGAAGGAACUCCUUGCCCUUCCCCAGGUAUGGCUGAGUCCCCCCUGAUGACCUGGGGUGAGAUAGAGAGCACCCCCUUUCGCCUGGAUGGGUCUGACUCACCGUUUCAAGAGAGGAACAUCGGCCCAUCAUUUAAGAUUCCAGAACCAGGAAGAAGAGAGAGGUUGGGUUUGAAGAUGGCCAAUGAGGCUGCCGCCAAAAACCGGGCAAAGAAGCAAGAAGCAUUGCGAAAGGUCACAGAAAACCUGGCAAGUCUCACCCCAAAAGGCCUGAGCCCAGCAUUGACCCCUGCCCUUCAGAGGCUUGUAAACCGCACCUCCAGCAAAUACACAGACAAAGCUCUAAGGGCAAGCUACACACCAUCACCCACACACAGAGGAGCAGGCUCCAAGACCCCCCUGGGUGGUCCAGCCACUCCCUCAGGCACUCCGACACCAAGCAAAGCUAGGACCCCCGCCUCCCAGGACCCAGCAUCCAUCACAGACGACUUACUGCAGCUUCCCAAGAGGAGGAAAGCAUCGGACUUCUUCUGACUGGAGUAAAGCAAAACUGAGAGAGAACGGUUGUCUUGAGGAAGUGAACUCUUACAUGUUUAAAGCAAGUUGUCAUCAAGCAAAUUACCGGCCAUGUUUCUUUCUAACCCACCUCAGGCCCUCCCCCUGGAUUUUAUGGACUUGCCUUUUAUGGCUGGAACAGUCUGUGCACAAUGAAGGGCUCAUAAUACCAACUCUGAAUUCAAGGAUAAUUGGAAAACUCAGGUCAUUACUGUUUUUAGGGUGUUGGACAGAAAUGCAUAGUAUGUACUGUGUUAGAAGCCUUCCAAGACUGGAUAACUUACAAUAUGUGGGAUCCAAAGAGAUGAUAUAAUUGUACAUAGCCUAGGCUGAUGUUAUUUUAAUCUUGGUGAAUGUUACGAGGCUUUGUUGAUUUUUUUUGUUUGUUAAUAUGUUCAAAUGUAAGCCUCUAUUGUAUGCCUUUUUCUGCAAUCUAAUCUUUCAGUCCUCAACCUAAAAAUUGCCUUGUUGUAAAUCCCAAAUGUUGACACUCACCAUUGUCAUAGCAGACUCGACAUCUAAAAAUGUAACGAAGUCUAUAUGGUUCUUCUUGACAAAUAUGUAUGUUCCAUUUAUUAUGAACUAUUCAAGUGGAAUAAAUCCAGGACUUCAACAUCAGGAAUCAGCAGGGAUGUUCCGAUGUGGAAGGCCCAUCUUCCCGUCUCAUACUACCAUCAUGUGAUUUGGACUGCACCCAUACAUGCUCAAGGACAUCGUCAAUCUCUACCCUCUGGGCCACAUUGUUGUUAAGCAUGCGAUAUAUCAAGCCUUUGUACUUUGUUGGGACAGCUUUGCUGUGUGGGAAAUCAAUGCGAUGCUCUUUCUGAAUCUUCAGCAUCUUUUUGAUAUUGGAGUCAUCAUAGGGAAUAGAAUGACCCCCCAUACUCCAAACGUCAUACACUUUGGGGUUGUAUGGGACCCCCUGUAAUACCUCUGGUGAUGCAUAGGCUGCAGAGCCACAGAACGUUUUGCUGAGAAUCAUUUGUCCAUCCUCAUAUUUGAUCCUCCUGGCGAAACCAAAGUCUGACACUUGGAGAUUAAAGUCUUGGUCCAAUAGCAGGUUUUCACAUUUCAAGUCUCUAUGAACAACAUCUAGGGCGUGUGGGAAUUUUAUUGCAACUGACAGCUGUUUGAACAGUUUUCUGGUGAAAUCUUCAGGCAAGGCACCCCUGAAUUUGAUGAACUCCAGUAGGUCCCCUUGCACACCCAGCUCCAUAAUCAUGUACACCUUGCCUUCUGAAGAUCUCGAAGGUCUUGACGAUGUUGCGGUGGUUUAGGGAUGCAAGAAUGUCCAGUUCCCGGGGCAAGAACUUCUCAAAACAAUCCGGCGGCGCCCUUUUUCUGUUAAUAAUUUUGAUUGCCACAUUGGUCUUCAGACGCUCGGGAAUAAGCGGAUUAUACUUUGGCGUACGACCCUCGCCUAAACUGAUGCCUCAUGUAUAGCCCCGUUUCUUAAGCACCAGUGAGUCGUUCAUGGCUAAAUAGGACGACCCGAACUAUUUUGGUGAAUGUUAUAAUACACCAUUAUUGACACCAUGUUGAACUCUGUUCAUAGUUGGAUAUCAAAGAUAGUAACAAAUACCCUGUGUGUGCUUAACAUUCUAUAAUUUAUCACUAACUUGGGAAAUUACGAACUUUGUUUCUAUUACAUGUUUAUUUGCGUAAUAAUGGAAUGUUUAAUUCCUCAAAAGCAGUCAUUGAUGUAUGACUUUAGGCACAUGGCUCAUUUCCCAGUCAUUGCAUGUUAUCUGAAAGGAUGUUAUAACAUUAGUGAAUUGUAUAUGAUGCCUACAUGUAAAAUAAUUAUAAUUAAUGUGAAUUGAUAAAAAAUAA